UGAGUUUUUGCGUCCUGUCCGAGUCGACGAGGAACAUAGAAAUGAGGCGAUCCGCGGGCUUAGAUCAUAAUCAUGGAUUGCACCAAACCGGUGAAAUCUUAGAGGAUGAAAACGAAAAACUUGUAGAUGGCUUGCAUAACAAAGUAUCCCAGCUCAAGGAGCUUACAAUUGAUAUUGGUGUUGAGGUGCGAGCACAGAACAAAAUGCUGGGUGACAUGGAUGACGACUUUGACAAAUCACAUGGUAUAUUAUCAUCAACGAUGGGACGACUAAAAAGAAUGGCUGCAUCUGGACAUAAUAGAUACAUUUUAUAUCUCAUGCUUUUUGCUUUUUUUGUUUUCUUCAUCACAUGGUAUAUUAUUCGAUCAAAGUAACAUGCUUUCUCACUUUUCGUUACAUGCAUCCCUGUCAUUACACAUCACACAUUAGGAUUUUAGUUAAACAAAGAAUGUGUAAAAUACCGCUUUAAUUUUAUCAAUUUUGUGAAUUUCAUGAGGCAGUAAAAAUCAAAACUUUGAAAUAUUCAUUUGUGGGAAAACAAAAACAAAUAAAAAAAUGCUGUAAAACUUUGUUUUUUCAUUUCAUAAUGGAGUGUAAAAUCUUUCUGUCUAUGUUUUCCACAACAUGUGUUGCAUGGUCAGUGUAGAUGGAUGGAAGGGAUGAUCCACCAUUGAAAAAUUUUCAUUCAAAAUUCCAAAAUCUUGAAAAUUUAUAUCAGCCAAAUUAAAGUGGUAUUACAAAUGUUACAUAUAUCUAUCAUAUGGUACACAUAUCAAUAAGCAUGCAUCACAACGGCUGUUGAUUUAUAUCAGCAUUCGUAUGAAAAGUCAGCAGGGUGACUGAACACAAACUUCUGAAGACUAAUAUACUAUGGUAUUCAGUAAAAUAUCUAGAAUCAUAUUUUAAAAAAAUGUUUUUUAUUAUCAUUAUUUUCCUCUUGUAACCAAUAUUUGAUGUACCAGUAUUCACAUGUGCAUUCAAUGUAGAUAUCCAAGUGUUUUUAAAUACAAGAUGCAAGUCUGAUAAUUCAUUCAUUAAUUGUUUUUUUGUUAAGUUUAAUGUCAAUCAAUUCAGGUCUGAUUGAACCGAUAAUUGAACUGUUAAUUGAUAAACUAUUACCAAAGAAACCUUCAGACUUUCAGUGCUCUUCCCCCACCCCACCCCACCCCACACCACUCCUCUUCUAUAUUCAGCCCUACAGCCAUCUAAGAGUCUCGUAUGUAUAGAAUGUUUGCUUUACUUUCACUUUUUUUGACCCUUGACCCUCACUUUGAAUUUCUGCAAUAUUUUCCUACAUGUUGUAUGACUUACUGUAUUCGUAAUAUGUUUAUGUACAGUACCUAAAUUAUUUUAAUAAAAAU